AUGGAGGGGACGGAAGCCAAAAAGGGGCUUGGCCUCAUCAAAAAGUUCCGUGAGGAGCGUCUAUCAUCCCUGCGACCCCUCCCAGAGUUCUUCAAUACCACCCGGAUGUCAAAACCAAAUGGCCUUGCGAGUAUGUGGACACAACAAAAAGUCUGUGAACAUCCGUUGGAUGCACCUUGUCCUUACCUGCUGUAUUUCGGUGUAUGGUCUUCCUCCUUAGGCGUCGCUUCACGACUUAGUUGCAAUCUGUCGUAUUUCCGAGGCAAUUACACUCUCGUCUUCCUCGGCAUCACCGCCUAUAGUCUGUGUAUCAACCGCGCACUGAAGCCGUAUCAAUACUCGUCUUCCUCCCGUAGCGUCUCCAAUGCCAUGCUCAUGUUCAGCGUAGGAUUUGUCGUCGGUGGUACACACCUCAUCUCUAAAGUCCCGCCAGAGGGCCUCAUGCUUGGCGAAAAUAGAUAUAACAAAAGCCAGCUUCAGACGGGCAUGGCCUGCAUUGCUGUGCCGCUAUUCUUCUUCAGCUCGACUAUAGGCACUAUUUUUUACAUCGUUGGUGCCAGCGCGGUUACCAUCCUUGGUCAUGCUGCGUUCAUGGAGGAGCACAUUGAAGGCGAUUUCGCCGACACGGUUGUCUAA